UCUAAUUUUUAGUAUCUUGGCUUCCACAAUAUAAAAGGGAGGCGGAGGGUUCCUGAAGAAAGCAACCCUUGAAGCCAUGGCUUUGAUAAGUUUCACUUCGCCGAGCAGCUUUGUCAAGCAAACGUUCCAUUCAUCUAAUCAAUCAAAAGCAACUGGAAGUUCUGCAAUGGUCUCCAUGACUUCCACACUCCCUACACCAAAUACAAACCACAAGAAGCCCUUCAGACCCAUACAUGAAGUGGACAAUCAGCAGACUCACUCCAUGCCAUCCGAAAAGAUAGAUAUUUUCAAGUCCUUAGAUGAAUGGGCAGAGCGGAACAUACUGACUUUUCUGAAAUCGGUGGAGAACUCAUGGCAACCGCAGGAUUUCUUACCUGACCCUGCCUCGAGCGGCUUUUACGAGCAAGUGGAGGAGCUGAGGAAGAGGGCAAAAGAGAUCCCUGAUGACUACUACGUUUGCUUAGUUGGGGACAUGAUCACAGAAGAAGCUCUUCCAACUUACCAAACAAUGCUCAAUUCCUUUGACGGGGUAAGGGAUGAAACAGGUGCAAGCCUUACAUCCUGGGCUAUUUGGACGAGGGCAUGGACCGCAGAAGAGAACAGGCAUGGGGACCUGCUUAAGCAGUAUCUUUAUCUUUGCGGAAGGGUGGAUAUGAGACAGAUUGAAAAGACGAUACAGCACCUAAUAGGUUGUGGAAUGUACAUCAAUACAGAGAACAACCCAUACAGGGGAUACAUAUACACAUCCUUCCAAGAGCGAGCCACAUUCAUCUCACACAGCAACACCGCCCGCCACGCCAAGCAAUACGGCGACCUCAAUCUCGCUCAGAUCUGCGGCACCAUCGCCGCAGACGAGAAGCGGCACGAGGCCGCCUACACCAAGAUCGUCGAAAAGCUCUUCCAGCUUGACCCCGAUGGAGCCGUCAUCGCCUUCGCCGAUAUGAUGAGGAGCAAGAUCGUCAUGCCCGGCCACCUCAUGUUCGACGGACGCGACCACUGCCUCUUCGAACACUUCGGCGUGGUUGCGCAGCGCCUUGGAGUUUACUCGGCCAAGGACUAUUCAGAUAUUAUGGAGUUUUUGAUUGGGAGGUGGAAGGUCGAGAGCCUCGUGGGUCUAUCUGAUGAGGGAAGGAAGGCGCAGGAUUUUCUCUGCGGAUUGGUGCCCAGGUAUAGGAAGCUGGAGGAGAGAGCUCAAGUGAAGGCGAAGCAGGGUAUCAGUACUCUGCGUUUUAGUUGGAUUUUCGACAGGGAAGUGCGGGUGUAAACCGGAGAAAGAAAAAGAUUGCGUCCAAUUUGUCUUUGUAUUGAUUAUGCAUCAUAUUUGAAUAUUUUAUUAUAAAUCAUGCUUUAUGUUGCUUUGAUUGAUUCUGAUUAAAGUUGUUAAUGAAGCUUCUUUGACAACCAAAAAUUUCUAUUUAAGAUUGGUUCCGGAGUUCAAUGAUGGAGCGUCAUGUGCCAACUGGUCCCCGUCACAAUUGGCCAGUAUUAAAAACGAUGG